AUGGCCAAAAGAUCGGCCCCAAGAAGAAAAGACAAUGAGGUAAACAACACGAGCAGCUUCAAUUCGAAAGCAGUCACGGUUAGUCAGCCCAAAGUAGCCACAGUUGGGCAGCAGAGCUCUCAAAAGCAGGAAUCUAACACCAGGCAUGAGAGGAUGCAAUUUACACCUAUACCUGUGACGUAUCGGGAGCUUUAUCAAAACUUAUAUGAUGCGCAUGCUAUAGCCCCCUUCCACUUGAAACCAUUACAGCCUCCAUAUCCUAAAUGGUAUGAUGCAAAUGCCAGGUGUGAGUAUCAUGUUGGAAUAUCGGGGCAUUCAAUUGAGAAUUGUACUGGAUUCAAGAAAGCCGUAGAGAGGUUGAUCAAGAAUGGGGUUUUGAAAUUUGAGAGUACUUCAAAUACUGAGAACCCUUUGCCGAAUCAUGACAAUCAAGGAGUGAAUGCCAUUGUUGAAGCUGGUGGAAAAAGGGGGAAGGAAAAUGUUGCUAAAGUAAGGAUGCCUUUAAAAGUAAUGUGGAAAGAGAUGGUAAAAAGAGGGAUAAUAACCUCUGAGAAAGAAGGAAACGAAACGAGGAACUACUGCCAGUUCCAUGGGAAGGAGGGUCAUGAGACCCAAAAUUGUGAAGAAUUUAAAGCCUUGGUGCAAGGUUUCAUUGACAAUAAAGAGCUACAGAUUUUUGAAGAUAGCUCUUAUAAACGAGAAAUAAAUGCGUUAGAAGGAGAACAACAAGGAAUCAGUCGGCCAAGGAUCAUUAUCUCCCUACCAGGAAAUAAGGAAGUAGAGGCACCAACAGUGCCCAAGGUCAUCAUCCAUAAGCCCAAUCCUUUUCCUUACAAGGAUGACAAGAGGGUGCUUUGGAUCUAUGACUGCAGUAUAAUGGUACCAAAGGGAGAGAGUAUAGCCAGCGCGUCCAGGGGCACGCAAAAUGAAGGUUCCUAUACAAGAAGUGGGAAACGUUAUGAUGAGAGGGGUAUCAGAAUGGAGCCCACAAAGACGAAAGAUGUUGAGAUUGAGAAGGGAAAAGCAACCGAAAUACCCAUUAAUGAGUCAGUUAAAGAGGAAGAGGCUAUGGAGUUUCUAAAGUUCUUGAAACAUAGCGAAUAUAGCGUGGUCGAGCAGCUGCGUAAGCAAUCAGCACGUAUAUCAGUGUUAGCCCUACUCCUGAGUUCUGAAGUGUAUAGGGAUGCAUUACUAAAUGUGCUUAAUGAAACAUAUGUCACCCAUGACAUAUCAGUUAACAAGCUAGACCGAUUGGUAAACAACAUCAGUGCUGAUAAUUUUAUCUACUUCAAUGAUGAUGAAAUUCCACCUGGGGGCAUAGGGUCAACAAAAGCCCUGCAUAUUACUACUCGGUGUAAAGGAUACACAUUACCAAGCGUACUCGUCGAUAAUGGGUCUGCUUUGAAUGUCCUUCCCUUAUCCACCUUGAAUCGAUUACCCAUUGACAGUUCGCAUAUGAAGGCAUGUCAUAAUGUGGUAAAAGCCUUCGAUGGAACUGAAAGGAAAGUAAUGGGACGAAUUGACAUCCCUCUGGAGAUUGGACCCAAUACGUAUGAAGUCGACUUCCUGUUAGUGACAGAUGGACACUUAAUAUCCAUCAAUGCAGAGGAGGACAUCAUAGCAGCAGUCACCAAUAAAGCUCCUUAUGUGGAGGCAAAUGAGAAGGCUAUCGAAUGUUCUUUUCGCUCCUUGGAAAUUGUUAAUGCUACCUUCAUUUCGGAGGGAAGUGAGGUGUUGAUCCCAAAUCUGAUUGAAAAGAAGGGUCGCUUUGGCUUAGGCUUCAAGCCAAACCACAAGCACAAGAGGCAGGAAAUUGAGAAGCGCCAAGCGAGAAGAAAGGCGUGUUUGAAUGGAAGAGAAAUAGAGUGGGAACCGAUGACAUUCCCACCUAUAUCCAAAUCCUUUAAGUUAGGAGGAUUGCUGAUAGAAGAAAGUCGUCAGGUCAAUGUUGUACACAAUGAGGGAUAG